AGAGCGCCUGUUCUGAGCCUUCACUGUGCCACUCAACACCCUGAGCUCUUUCUCCACAGUCUGACUGCUUCAGAAAUUGGGGGAAGAGGGAAGAAGAAGGAAUCAGGGUUAGAGUGAUUCCCAACUGGGGCCCCAAGGAGGGAGGAGCAUUUCCACACCUGAGCUUGCUGGCCUCUCCCCUUGUUUGCUCUGAGAUAGCCAGUCUCGCUCCUGCCCAGCCCCAGCAUGAGUUGGCUGCCCUUGGGGCACUCCCUUCCCUUACCCAGACAGCCAGACACCCGGACAGACAUCAGGACCAAGCUGGCAAGGACAUCUAUGGCCUGCUUCCCUGGAGGGCCUUCCCUCGGCUGGGCCCUGCUGGCCUUUGCGUGCCUCGGUGCCCCAGGGCUAGCUGUGGAGGUGACCGUACCUGCUGAACAGCUGAGCGUGCCUGUGGGCAAGACUGCAGAGCUGCGCUGCAGCUACAGCACAUCAGUGGGAGACAACUUCGCCCUGGAGUGGAGCUUUGUGCAGCCUGGGAAGCCCAUCUCUGCAUCCCAACCCAUCCUCUACUUCACCAAUGGCAAUCUAUAUCCCACUGGUCCUAAGGCGAAGCGGGCUAACUUGCUCCAGAAUCCCCCCACAGGAGGAGUGGCUACCCUGAAACUGACUGAUGUCCAUCCCUCUGAUACUGGAACUUACCUCUGCCAUGUUAACAACCCACCAGAUUUCUACACCAAUGGGUUGGGGUUAAUCAACCUUACUGUAUUAGUGCCCCCCAAUCAGCCCUUAUGCAGUCAGAGUGGAAUAACUUCGGUGGGAGGCUCCGCUGCAUUGAGAUGUAGUUCUUCUGAGGGAGCUCCCAGACCAGUGUACAACUGGGUGCGCCUAGGAUCUUCUCCUACCCCUUCUCCUGGCAGUAUGGUUCAAGAUGAGGUAUCUGGUCAGCUCAUUCUCACCAAUCUCUCCCUGACGUCCUCUGGCAUCUACCGAUGUGUGGCUACCAACCAGAUGGGCAGUGCAUCCUGUGAGCUGACCCUCUCUGUGACCGACUCCUCCGAAGCCCGAGUGGCUGGGACUCUGAUUGGGGUGCUCCUGGGUGUGCUUCUGCUAUCAGUUGCUGCCUUCUGCCUGAUCAGGAUCCAGAAAGAGAGGAAGACGAAGCCCAAGGAGACAUACUGGGGUAGUGACCUGCGGGAAGAUGCUGUGGCUCCUGGGAUCUCUGAGCACGCUUCUGUGAAGGCGGAUUCUAGCAAAGGCCUCCUGGAGAGGUCCCCAUCUGCUAGCACCGCGACAACCACCAAGUCCAAGCUCUCUAUGGUUGUAUGACUCCUCCUCAUGAUCGCUGAGGGCAAUAAGGGAGGGAAUAUCAAUAAUGAGAGCCUUUGGGUACCAAUAUCGUCUCCCUUUUCUUCCUACGUGCGUGGCCAGUUCCUCUAGGCUGUCCAAAGAGCAUUACCAAUAAGGGAAAGGAAUAGGCUUGAA